AUGAUGCCGAGGCAGGGCGCCGACAAGAAGCCCCUGAGUAGCACAAUCCUCCGGUGCGCGUUCGUCGGGGGCGACGAGCGCGGCGGCUUCACGGGCGAGCAGCUCAGGUACCCCUGCAAGCUGAGGCGGCACAUCUGCGCCAGGUGCGGGAUGCACCGCGGCGAGCACGGCGCGGGUAUCAGGGAUGAGCACCUGCCGCCGCGCAAGCGGUCAGUGUUCAGGAGGCUGGGAGAGUCCCAGCUGCUGGACCUCGGCGGCGGCAACGACGACGACAAGAGGGAAGGGCUGGCUUGGACUCCCGGCGACGUGAUCGCCAAGGGGAAGCGGGGGGCCAGGAGAAGACGCGCGGUGUGGUGUGAGCUUUGA